AUGAAAAACCAUAACAGGGAAAUUUAUACAAUACCUGGCAUUUUUUUCCUUGUAACUGCGGUCAUUGCGUCGCUAGGAAAUGGCUAUAUCCUUUACGUCGUCAAACGAGAUCCUUUAAAGUGCUUCAAGAAGCCCACAAAUGUCUUCAACAUUGCCUUGACGAUGGCGCAUUUUUUCGCAGGAAUUGUAGUUUUGCCUUACAUUGGCGUUUUGAAUAUUCUUCGUGGAGAACACCCGGAAAUCUUUAUUCCUUCAACAGUGCUCGACCUGGAAGAAGCGUUGCUUAAUUUCAACAUCGGAACUGCCACACUUUUUCUGUCUGCUAUCUCAGGAGAACGAUGUAUUGCUAUAAUACGACCCCGCCUUAACAAGAAAUGGCUGACUUUGAACCGUGCCAAAGCCAUAAACUUCGCAUCAGGAACCAUCUGCUUUGCUUUCUGUCUCCUUUUAUUGCUACCCGUUUCCAAGACUUUCUUUUACUUUGUUUAUCUACCCUUGUUUAUUUUUCUUCCCUCGUGUGGGAUUUUAGCUUCUUGCGCUGUGAGGCUGCGAAAUUUCAAAAACCAAGCUCGUGUCUCUGUGAUAAACAGUGGUCUUCCCGUUGCUCAGUUAUUCGCCCUCGAAACGAGAAAGAGGAAUUCCCAGUUAGUCUACAAACUUCUAAAUACCGUUUUUAGCAUUCUUUUACCUAUCUUGAUUUCCUUAUUUAUGUUCUCUGCGGUUAGAAUCAUCGAAGUUACAUGGGAAGGGUGUCAAAACAGAAAGUGGUUCGUAACCCUACAUAAUGUCACAUUGAUAUGUUUGUAUCUGAGUUCUGCUUUUAAUCCUUUCGUUCUUCAUUCGAGAAUUGCUGAAUACUCGCGAACAACAAAGCACAUCUUUAGGAAAUAAUUAAUAGAGACUGCCAAUCUCUAAACUGUUUAUUUAAAUGUGAAAAUUCAAAAGUUUUCUUUGUGUAAACUGAAAGUUUUUUAUGAUAAAACAGGAAGAUGAUUAAGAAAUGAGGAGCCUGAACGAAGCAUUUUAUUUUCACUUAACUCGCGUUUUAUAUACACUGAUACACUCUGUAAGCAAUUUGCAAUUUCUAAAAUGAAGCUGGUUUUGUGAUCAGUGGCGCUUGAAUUUUUUGAACGAGAGAAAAUACGAAGAAGAAAAACUAACACAGGCGAUUACUGGGGAGCCAAAGGCGGAGUAGCAUUUCCUAUAGAGAGUUUUCACAUGGAUGUCAUGUCCACCAUAUGGUGUCCUAAUACAAGGAAACGGCGGUCAUAUUGGUGUCCCAAACCAGUCCUGUUAGAGCUGAAUCUUUUCCUCAUGAAACUAUUUAUUUCACUCAAAUAAAUUUGCAUAGCUUCGACCGCUGCUGGCCAUGUGAAUGAAAACGCCUUUUAGCCCGUGGGGGCUUUGCAGUUAUGUAUGGUUUCAUUAGUCCUGUCACCAUCCCCGCGGGCAACCCCCGGGACAAGUCCAGCCCUUCGGGCCCGGGGGUGGAGAAUUGUUUGAAGCAAGAGAGUUUAAAGCGGUCUCAGUCCCGGGGGUAAGGGGGUGGGGCAAAUAUAAAGUAAGUUCUCUUUGAUUUUGUGAAGAACGUGUUUUUUCUCGCGCGCGGUUUUUGCUCGAAGCUGCAGAACUCGAGAUUACUAGACUGAAAAAAUUUUUCUUUGUUUCUUUUGCAAAAAUAAAUCUGGAUUCGAGUAGCAUAGUAUGCGUGUAAGCCAAACGUUCAAAUUUAAUAAGGAGAGGUAGGUCUCUCCGACAAAUUCCUGCCUUUUCCCUUGAAAAUACGUAGUCUUGAGUUCCUCAGCUUCGUGGAAACCGCGCGCGAAAUAACACAAAAACAUGCUUACCACCAUUGGUGUUAAAGUUCAUCCCCGCGGAGUUAGUCCCUUAUAUAAGCCAUAUAGGUAUGUGCUAGACUAGGGUUUUUUCACCGUUUUAUUUUUCCUGCGUACAGACGUCUCGUCUCUUUGUUAAUUUGGUCUGAAAAUGGGUAUAAACUUUGCCCGUUUUGGUCUGGAAUCGGGUAUGAUUUUCGAGGGGCACUGUAUGAACAUAUUUAUCAUUUCAAUUCUAAAUGAGUAAGAAAAAAAGAGAAAUCUGCGAAUUCGAAAUGAAUUUUAAGAAAUCUUUUGUGUUGGUGUUCUUAUCUUAGUAAUGAUGACAUAAUUUCUUAGAGGCUCCUGCUUAUAGGCCAGGUCUGAAAACAGGUGUGAAAAAUGACAUUUUUUGGUCUGAAAUAGGGUCAGGAUUUGGAGAACCGAGCGGCACACCCACCAAGAAUUCUGGCCAGUACCUUUGUCUUAGAAUUAUCGCCGGCCGGGAGUUCAGGGUGCAUGUUUAUCGGCAUAUUUAGGAGAUAAAUAAGGGUUGCUCAGGUCUGCAAAUAUUCUCUAAUAGCAGAUGUCGUCCGUCGAGUUGUCUUCUUGCUGUUCUUGCUAAGUUUGUAGCUAAUAGUUCCCCUACUUCUUCCGAUCCUCGUGAAACGAGUGAAAUGUUCCGCCAUUUUGUAGUCACUAUACCCUGAACAACUCAAUCUCGUCUCCAGGUCUUCUCGGUUAGCGGGUUCAUUAAUCCUGGCAAUUUGCUGCACGAUUGACGUCAUUUUUCUCAUGUCGCAAAAUUCAUCCAAAAUUGGUCGACAAUAGCUGGUUAUGAUGAAUUAUACGUGGGAUUCUAGCCAAUCAUAAACGGAGAAAUAUUUUGAAUGAAUAAUGAAUAGGGUAAUGGCGCUACUGUCGGAUGAAAUAGCUCAAGCUCAGGAAUUACUGCUAACAGUUGAAAAAGAGUGCAAGAAAGUUGGCCUUGUACUGAAUGCUAAGAAAACAAAAUCAGUUGCUUAUAACAUUGAUGAUCGAACACCAUUACAUACAUUUGAUGGUACUUAUCUGGAAUGGAAGGAUGACUUCAAAUAUUUAGGGUCAUGGGUUGAUAACUCAGAAAAAGACAUCAGCAUAAGGAAAGCGCAGGCUUGGAGAGCUUUGAAUGGUAUGACGAAAAUAUGGAAGUCCAAUAUGAGUAAAGAUUUGAAAAUCAGAUUCUUCAUAGCCACCAUCGAAUCAAUCUUACUCUAUGGGUGCGAGAGCUGGGCUCUGUCAAAAGCACAAGAAAAGUCGUUGGAUGGAACAUACACUAGGAUGCUGCGAAAAGCUUUAAACAUCCACUGGAGCAGCCACAUACCAAACCAACAACUGUACGGAGAUCUACCAGCAGUCAGCAACAAAAUCGCUUCUCGUAGGCUACAACUUGCGGGACACUGUUAUCGCCAUCCAGAGCUAAGUACCCAGAAAUUAGUCCUAUGAGAGCCCACACAUGGCCAUCGCGGGAGAGGAAGACCGAAUACUACCUAUAUUGACACUCUUAAGAGGGAUACUGGUGCAUUUGAAGCAAGUGAGAUUGCUGCACUGAUGGCUGAUAAGAGGCUGUGGAAAGAUCUAGUGGUUGCCCGCCUUCGUGCGACCAAGUGAGUGUGAGUGUGUAAUGGCUCUCAGGGGAAUAGAUUAUUAUUCAUGAAAUAAGUUGAAAACAAAUUAAGCUUAAAGAUUACCAUUUCUAGUAUUUGAAAAAUGAAUCAGCAGCUUUACUAGAGUCGGCUGUAUGCAUAAACUACAAAAUCACAUUUCAUUUCUGUUUCCAAAAAAGAUUGAGGAAUAUAUAUAUAAAAAUUUCGCCAUUUCAUUUAACCCGGCCUCGUUAGCGCAGUAGGCAGCGCGUCAGUCUCAUAAUCUAAAGUAGAAAUCUGAAGGUCGUGAGUUCGAUCCUCACACGGGGCACGGAAAUAUUUUUAUUCUUUUUUUUUUUCUGACUCUAAUUCUUGCCUUUAUUUUCUUGCCUUUUUUUUGCUAAUUCGAACGUUAGAAAAUACAUAAGCAAGCAAGCAAAUUGAUGCUUCUCCACAAUUCUAAAUUCUCUUGUCUGCUGUCUUACAAAGGUCUGGGUACGAAGUUAGCGCUGUCUUUGUAAAAUUUGGUUUUGAAGUCCAAUGACGUUUAAAUGUUUUUACGAUAAAAUCAGGCCUUAAAGUUUCUUGAAACCAAUUCUAAAAAUAGGUGUUAAUAGUAUUUUAAAAGCUUUUAAUUUGCUGAAAACUCUCCGACUCGUAGGUCUCGGCCGGUUGGACUCACCAUAGAAUCAGGGUUGAUGAUAGAUGUUAAAGUCAAAAUCAUAUUUUUAAAUGUCAAAACACACGUGCCUGGCGUGAGAAAAAGAUCAUAUUCCAAGUCUUUUUAUCGCAACGAAGUAUUUUUGCUCGAUAUCUCGAGAGAGUGAAAAGAUGACAACUGACUUUCGCAAAAAUACAUGAAUGGUCGAACAGGAAAUUGUUGAAUGGAAUAGUGGAGUUUUACAAAACCAGCUCCGUUGUGUGAAAUGAUGAAAUAUAAUUCAGUCACAAAAAUGACAUUGAAAAUUGGAAAUUCAGUGCAGGCGUUAGUUAGAUGAGAGACUCUUAUUAAUUUCUAAACAUACAGCUGAACAUAUCAAUCCAGUUUAGCAAUAUUUAGCGUGUGAAGCCGCCCGCAAUAACAUGUUUAGUUUGCUCUGUCCGUGACAUUGAUAAGUUAUGCAAGAACUAUUGAAAAAGCGGUUACUGGUCGUUACUUCAUAAGGAAAUGAAAUAUUAUCUCUUGAAAUCUCUACAGGUGAGAGGAACGAGCUCGAAUUAAUAAACGCAUUUAAAUGUAUUUUGUGUAUCUCUUUCAAUAAAGCAUUUUAAAAUUUCAAUGUGUCCUUGUGUCCUUGAAUUGCUCCAAAAAUAAUUCAGAAUUAGAUUUUCCCUUUGUAAUUGUUACUUUUCAUAAGGAAAAUAAAUAAUAAUACCUUACUCCGAUAAAUUUUUUACCGUUUUACUUUUAAACAACGAAAAAAAAAAGAAGAAAGAAAGAAAACUUUAUAAACAAUCCAAUUGCUCAAUACCGAACCAGUUUUCUAUAAAAACUUAAGUCAUGAAGCGAUUUUUCUUCAUGUGGAAAACUAUGGCUCGUGGCCUUUGUAAAAACAAAUCGCAGCAGGAUUAAAAUUGCUCUAAGAAAUUAUCUUAUACACAAGCCUACAAUCUGCCAGAUAUACCAUUACCUUAUUCAAACAAGCCCAUAUAACACUGGGUAAUUUUUUGACGUGAUGUGAUUUCAUAAGAAACCUUUUAUUUGCGGGAAGUUAAAUUUAAAAGCCUGCUGUUUUCGCUUACGCCAUAGUUCCGUAAGCCCAGAUUUAGCUAGGAUACACGUUACAAAUUUCUCGGUUAGGGCUCCUAUAGAUUGAAAAACAAAUUUAAUUAGAAAAUUCUCGAUAGAGAAGUCAUACAACUACUGAACUUCUGAAUCGCUUUCACUGCUCAGUUAACGCGGGCGGCGACUUUAUACCUUUUGGGAAAAAUUGUCAAUGUGUUGAACAAAUCUUCUAGCGGAUAAUGGCGGACGGAAGCUACAGAGAAAGGUUUCAAUUUCCAAUUCCUAUUUGGAAAUUCAAAUAAAAAAGAAACCAUUCAUCUCGAUGAAUUUUUAGAUUACCUCAGUCAAUGUCAUUUUGAUGAGACAUACUUAAGUAAAAAUGCUAAAAUGAAAUUGCGUUUUCACUUUUAUAAAGGCUAACGCGGAUCUUUUUGUCAAUCAAUGUUCAACAGCUAGCAUAAAAAUCAUUUGUUUAACUUGCAAAUACGUUGCUGCUGUCUGUGCGCUACUCAAUAUUUGGUAUACGUAAGCUAUGCUCAGUGUCUUAAAUGAUUUAUGCGAGUUACCGACACCUACAGUGCCAUUUUUCUCUCUGUAUAAAAGACUUCUACAGCGUCGAUUUGGUCAGUCACACGACAGCAUGGAAAACGAAACAGCCACAAUCCCGGACGGUGUCCGAAUCGGCGUUUGUGCUUCAGUAGGAGCCUUAUAUCUAAUUGCAUCAAUUCUUACGGUUACAAUCAACGGCCUAUUGCUGUUCGUCAUAUUCAAGGAUCCGCUAAAAUGCUUCCGGCGACCAUUUGCAGUGUAUAUCACGGGAUUAGCUACCACCGAUUUUCUGUUUGGCGCCAUUGGUGACCCCGUUUCGGCAAAGAAAGCGUUUUACUGCGUCAAAGACGAAGACGGAGAAACAACUUUCGAUUAUGUCAUGGACUAUUUUAUUGAUAACUCAGCUACCAUGUUGGUCGUUUCUUUGUCAGUUGACAGGCUCAUCGCAGUCGCUUGUCCAAUUUUUUAUCGCUAUUCCAUCAAGAACACUCACGCUGCCGCCGUGGUUGUGUGUGCUUGGGUGUACUGUCUCGCGUUUAGUCUUAUUCAGUUAGCAGAAGUCCCUGAUGAUAUUUACGACACGGUAGAUGUCCAUUUGCAUGUCACUUUUGCUUUAACGGCUACUGGAAUUAUUUACCUUGCUAUCUACCGCAUUAUUCGAAGAAGAAGAAAGCUCUUUCCCGGCGGAGACGAGACGACGCAGCAAGAUGAGAAACAUCUAAAGCGCCUAAAACGUGAGAAAGAAUUCGCCUUCACAGCCUUUUUGAUUCUCCUUGCUCUGGUAAUUACACAGAUCCCCUAUCUUGUAAUGACAAUUAUCAAGGCAAACUGUGAGAGUUGUACUGAAACCACAUGGUUUUUUAUAUGCCUAGAGUUUAGCGAUUUUCUCCUCUGCAUCAGUGCUAUUGCAAACCCUUUUCUCUAUGGCUGGCGAGUAAAGCAGUUUCGGAGUUCAUUAAUGGCAGUGUUUUGCAGAUCGCGUUUAGACCCCGCAGAUAUGGAAAUUUCACAAACAACAAACGAAACUAGAAAUCAAAGAUGA